UAGGACCAGCCCGCGAGGCUACAGCCAUCCACCAUCACGACCAGCGGAUAAAAGAAGAAACCCAGAGAGGAGGCCGGGAGAAAAUGGCGAUGAUGCGAACCCAAGCGUCAAGCGCCCUAAUCUCCACCUACGAGUCAUCUCUCCUCCUCUCCUCGCGCCAAAAAUUAUCCAUAUUCAACCGCCCAUCCUUCUCCUCCAAGCUCCUCCCCACGCAACCUCUCUCAUGCUCCCAUGUCCAUUCCACCUCUCUCACAGCGAAACGCCGCUUCUCCUCUCAAGAAGCAACAGCAGAGGCUGCAGAAGACUGAGGAUUUGUGCUUCAAGUUGCCGUUGAAAAUAGUGGAGUACCCUGACCCUGUACUAAGGGCUCGGAACAAGCGCAUCAAUACCUUUGACGACGGAGUCAAGGAGUUGGUUCACGAGAUGUUCGAUAUAAUGUACAAAACUGAUGGAAUAGGUCUUUCAGCACCCCAAGUUGGAAUAAAUGUUCAGCUUAUGGUAUUUAAUGCUGCUGGUGAACGUGGUGAAGGAGAGGAAAUCGUCCUGGUAAACCCAGUAAUUUACAAAGCUUCAAAAAAGACUACACUUUACAAUGAGGGCUGCUUGUCAUUUCCAGGAAUCCUUGCAGAUGUACAGAGACCUGCAUCUGUCAAAAUUGAUGCUCGAGAUAUAACAGGUGCUAAGUUUAAAGUCAAUUUAUCGGGCCUUCCUGCAAGAGUGUUUCAGCAUGAAUUUGACCAUUUGCAGGGUACUCUUUUCUUUGAUAGGAUGAGCAAAGAUGUGCUUGACAGCGUUCGCUCAGAGCUAAAGGCCUUAGAAAAGAAAUAUGAAGAAAGAACUGGGCAGCCUACUCCAGAAAGAGUUGAUGAUUAUGAAGGGAUAAAGGUGGUUGCUGGUUUUUCUUAAACCUAAUAAACUUUCAGAUCCCAUUACCGGUCAGAUACUGCAGAUUUUAACUCUACUUCAUUAGUACCCUAGUUUUGUUUUCAGUAUACAAAAUCGCAUCCGCGUUGGAGAGAAUGAUCAGUUCCCUUAACCAAGUAAAACUGUUCUGAUUAUAACAAGUGUUUUCAAGAAUCAUUGGUCAUCUUUUCAAAAGUUGCAGCUUGGGCUAGUAGCUUGACCUAGCUUUAUAAUAUUUUGUUAAAUAGAAUUACAUAUUGUAUUAAUUUUUAUUUAUUAAACUCUUCUUAUCCUCUUUA